GUCGUAUUCUUGGUUGCUCGGGGGCUCGUCCACUUUCUUGCACAAUGCCUCCCUCACUUUCGGCAGCGGUAGUUCCUAUCGUCGUUUUCUUGUUACCGGUAUCUCUAUCAGAUGCCCGGCAACAUCUCAUUGAUAUCAGAUUCAUCUCUUCGUAUGGCCAGUCAGGUGCGAUGCAGGAUCAUCUAUUUGCUGAUAACGCACCACCAUCGUUUAGCGCCUAAUUCUCACGUUUUCCUGGUGUGAAUCCGAUGUUUUAUUGUAUGAAAUCACUGGCGCUUGGCUGCAUUGUGGUCAUCUUUCCCAGCAAAAGGUAUUGCCCUUUUUUGGAUUGCUUACCAAAUUUCAAUAAUUAAUUUCCUUCCUUCCAAACCUGGGCAACUGCCGUGGGUCCCCGUCACCACUCAUGCAGUCCAGCCCCAAACGCGUUCUUACCGACGACAAAUACGCGUCUAGCAAUUUUACCGACCCGAAUAUCUCUACAAUGCCUACCAACCCUGAUCUCGCUGCACGACUCCGGAGUGUGGGGUCUCGAGUUCGGAAGCAUGUGGCCGAAGGAUAUGUUACUAAUCAACGCAUGCACGUCCGUGGGCCCACAGCUCCAGCCAAGUCCCUGUCGACAGGCCACCUAAUAUUUUGUUCUGCGAAUGACACCCUGCAUGCUAUUUUCUCUCGUUUCUCCGUAGCGUCACCAUCCGCAUCGCCUAACAAACGGCGGCUGGAAGACUCGGAGGAUGAAGAUCGCAACGCCGAUCACGUCCAGGAAACCAAGAUAGCCCCGAUAAAGAUGGACGCUCAUGCAAUGGACACUGAUGUCUCCGAGCGCCCCGUCAAGCCCUUGAAGAGGUCCGGAAGGGCGCUGAUGCAGACACGGUCUUUACCUUCUUGUGCACUUCAGUCUGUCAGUACAGAAGCCAGUAAUAAGGCCGACAAGGAUGAUUGGGGCUCUUCCACAAUGUUUUCCGGUCCCUUUGAACCAAUGACGCUCUGACGGUAGCGUUCUUCUCUCCUCCGUCCCCUCAAAUCAAUUAACUCGGUUGUCAAGCAGUGUUCUGUGAAGGGAUAUCUAGCCCUACUUCGAUCGUAUUGCUG